UAUAUUUAUAAACAUGUAGGUUAAAGAGAGAUAAGAUAAAAUGCUAAAAUGUACAUAUAAGUUUUUGCAGGUCUACCAGUUUGUAACAUUUGUUUAUAGUGCUAAUUACCUUACAUACAUGCAUAUUUAAUUAAUCAUAUAUAAAAAGUAUUGGCGUGUAUAUUUCGUGUACUUAUUAAACAUAACAAGGAAUAAAUAUCAAAACGUGUAUGUAGUUAUAGAUCAAAGUUGCAAAAUACAAUUAUUACAGUACAAAAUGUAGUAUGAAAGUUAAACUUUUAUCAAAGUAGUUCAGUUCAUAUUCUGCAUUGGAUUAGCGAUCACUGUAUAGUAUGUAUAUAUAUUGUUCAAACAUUCUUAAGUGUUAAAGAUUUAUAUAAAUCAAGUAUAUAUUUAUUAGGCCGGAUUCUACAAAUUGUAAACAAUGACGUUCUUGUAUUUCGCUUAUGGCAGCAAUUUAUUAAAACAGAGGAUACAGUUAGAUAACCCCAGCGCCACAUUCGUUGCUGUUGGGGAGCUUAAAGAACACACUCUAGCAUUCAGCUCUUUAGGCAUGAAACCAGAGAUUAUGCGAUGGAGGGGUGGAGCAGCCAGUAUUCGGGAAGAUCCGUCGUCUUCUGUCUGGGGCUGCGUAUGGAGGCUGGGAAAUGAGCAUCUUCAAACACUGGACAGACAAGAACUGGUUUAUGAUGCUAAAGACGUGACAAUAAAUACACUUGCCGGGAAACAGUAUACAUGUAGAACUUACCAACUUCCGGCAAGCGAGUUUUUGGACGAAGGGCCUCAAAACCGUCCGUCACCCAUGUACAUGGAUGUGAUAAUAAAAGGAGCGACUCAAAAUAAAUUACCGGACAGUUAUAUUAAUUUCUUAAAGGCUGUUGAGACAAAUGAACUCCUUGAUGAAAAUCUUGAGAUAUACAAAGACAUCUUAAACAUGUUAGACAGUAGUGAAACGUGAUAGUUAUAUUAAUGAACACAAUCAAAGCAUGGUUUUACAUAAUUCUGCUAAUCUACAUACAUGUAUAGUAUAAUGAUAAUGCACGAUCAAAGCACUGAAAGUACUGUAAACCAGCGAAGCCAUGGAACCAGCUAAAUUCAAUCGGCCCUAUUUAGCACGUGAAUCAAAGACGGUGUGUUCCGAAAUCAAUGAAGGACGAAAAAACCCUUGAUUCGCUGGUAAUAUGUCGUCAAAUGGAAUCACAUUUACUUGCAAUAACCG